CACCGCAUGUCGCAAUUCUCCCACCACAGGACUGCUUUCGACCUGAGCUCCUUCACAAGGCUGUUUGUGAAGGAGGGCAAUAUGAAGGGGAGAUAGGCGCAGCUUUGGGCGCAGCAGAAAAUGUUGCAGAAUUUUGCCUCAUUCAUAUGGCUGCCCGAUUCGACGACUUGCUGCGCAUCUACGUGUUUGGGUACAGCCGUGAGUUAGAAAAAUGCCGGAAGUUGGAAAGUUAAGAGGAACGUCAUUGAUAAUUCAUGAAGAUGAAUAUUGCUCUACUUGCACCUGUUCCUGUUCGUGAGAUGCUUAUAUAUAAAUAUAUCUAGAUGUUGAAAGGGCUUAAAACAUGCCUUUUCGUAAAAAAGCACUACAUGUAGAAAAUGAUUUUGAAUUAUCGGAGUCUCUUCCUCUUGCUCCUCCAAUAUGCGGAUCAGCUUUUUGACGACGAUGAUUCGGACCAGCAUAUGCUGAGCAGCUGCAAGCAAAAAGCGGCACUGAAGCGGCGCGUAGCUCACCUUAUGUGGAAAUGCUUUCUCCUGCUUACGUCAUCUGCUGCGUCGACCGGCUUGCUCGAACCUCCCUCGGUCGAGACGUUUUUGGAACUCUGCAGCAAUGACGUAGAUCUAGCAGUCAAGCUCGCAGCGAUGCUGUUGGAAGUCGAGCCGCAGGUUGCUCUGUGUUUAGCUGCGCUAUGGGAUGCGAGCAAGGCACAUGCUGCGAUAAAAGAAACCAUGAAGCAGAUUCGAGAGGUGGUCACGGGUUGCGCCGAUGGAGGCCAAGGCAACACUAGUAUGGAAGCGGGAGGGAGCAUAAAUGCGGAAGACGCCUCAGUGCUUGAAGUGUUUGAAUAUCGCAAGAAACUAGCGUUUCUCUUCAUCGACAACGAUGUCCUCGCAAGCCUCGUGCGUCUCUGUGAGCGAUGUUGUGUUCUUGCAACUUCUGGCCAUGAGACUGCUCAAAAUCUCCAGACGAUGAAUGGGGGCUCUACUUUAUACGGAAAUUCGAAUAGUGCAAGCGGUGGCGUGGGUAUUGUCGUCGGCGAUUUCAUUCAAAAUCAAGGACUCGGCGGCUUGAUCAAUCGGGGCCAUGCAUCUCUAGAUGACGUAGAAGAAGUAAGCUUGCUGCAUAUUCCCGAUCCGAUCGUGGCUACUGCAGGACGAGGAAGUGCUCUUCAAGGUGUUG